UGUCUUCGGAGAGAUGAAUCUCAAAAUACCUAUCACGGAUCGAUAAGCUAUCUGCAACACUACAAACAAACACAUGGAUACAUGUUUCAAGAUAUCAAUAAUGAUCGGCCCAGCACUAAAAAACUAUUUAAAGUAAUUGAUUUCAUCUGGAAUCAACAUGAACUAAGAAAAUUAGAAAAUAUCAGAAGAAUGCUGUUAGAUUGUGAUGAUAGUGCCAUAAACAACCAUUUCGUGGAGUUGAAGGCAGUGCUCAUGAAGUUCACUGCGAUGACUUUGAAAUCAAAAAAAAGACUAAGCCAGGUUAAAAAAAGAAAGAGCGAAAGUAAGAACAUUGUUGAUGCAAUUAGCGAGCACAUGAAAGAGACAUAUCAUAAUACUAUUAAGGGUUAG